CCCAGGCACAACUGCCCGUUGGAUUUUGUCCGCCAUUGUUCAUUAAGCGCUCUCCUCCCGCUUAUUCUAUCUAUUCGAAAUCAGUCUCUCUUCUCUCACGCUCCAGAUAUAUUCAUACAGAUUUCUGUAUAUAUUUAUCUAUAACAAAUAGAUACGAAGGGAAUCGGUAUUCACUCGAAGAAUUCGUACUGGAAUUCGAUUCAAGCAGCAGCUUGAGAAAGACGGGAGAGGGAAAAACCCUAGCUACUGCAAUUGAAGUCGAAGUUAUUUUGAUUUUGCGGCUUUCAUUUGAGCUGUAGGGAAAAUGGCCCUUGAGAUCACCCAGUAUCUAUUGGCUGCUCAAUCACCAGAUGCUAAAAUUCGAACAGAGGCAGAGAGUUCUCUUGGUCAGUUCAGGGACCAAAAUUUACCUGGAUUUCUUUUGUCAUUAUCUGUUGAGCUCUCGAAUGAUGGAAAACCAACUGAGUCUCGUAGACUUGCCGGUAUUGUCCUUAAGAACUCCUUGGAUGCUAAAGAAAUUGCAAGGAAGGAAAAUCUCAUUCAACAAUGGGUGUCGAUAGACAUUUCUAUUAAAUCCCAGAUAAAAAGCUUUAUCCUAAACACUCUUGGAUCUUCUGUAAGUGACGCAUGUCAUACUGCUGCCCAAGUAAUUGCUAAGAUAGCUUCGAUUGAAAUUCCCCGAAAGGAAUGGCCAGAACUUAUUGGAUUAUUACUUGGCAAUAUGACUCAACCAGAUAUACCUGCAUCCCUGAAACAGGCAACACUGGAAACACUUGGCUAUGUGUGUGAGGAGAUAUCACACCAUGAUCUUGUGCAAGAUGAAGUAAAUGCUAUUCUCACUGCUGUUGUCCAAGGCAUGAAUGUCACUGAGCAAAAUCCCGAGGUCCGGCUUGCUGCAACCAGGGCUUUGUACAAUGCCCUUGAUUUUGCACAGACCAACUUUGAGAAUGAGAUGGAGAGGAGCUAUAUUAUGAAGGUGAUUUGUGAUGCAGCAUUGGCAAAAGAAACAGAGAUUAGACAGGCUGCUUUUGAGUGUCUUGUUUCUAUUGUAUCAACAUACUAUGAAGUGCUUGAACCUUAUAUGCAAAGGAUCUUUGAGCUUACAUCCAAUGCAGUCAAAGGAGAUGAGGAGGCUGUUGCCCUACAGGCAGUUGAGUUUUGGAGUUCCAUCUGUGAUGAAGAAAUGGAGCUUCAAGACUAUGAGGUCCCUGAGAAUGGGGAUUCAAGUGCUCCACACUCUCACUUCACUGAGAAGGCUCUUCCAACUUUAGUUCCUAUGCUGCUAGAAACAUUGCUUAAGCAGGAUGAGGAUCAGGACCAAGAUGAUGGAACAUGGAAUCUAGCCAUGGCUGGUGGGACAUGUCUCUGUCUUGUUGCUAGGACUGUUGGGGAUGCUGUUGUGCCUCUGGUAAUGCCAUUUGUUGAGGCUAACAUUUCGAAGACUGAGUGGCGAGCUCGUGAGGCAGCCACAUAUGCAUUUGGCUCAAUCCUCGAAGGACCAAGUACUGAAAAGCUUUCUCCUAUGGUAAAUGCUGGCUUAGAUUUUCUGCUCAAUGCAAUGAAGGAUGCAAACGGCCAUGUGAAAGAUACAACCGCUUGGACACUUAGCCGUAUCUUUGAGUUAUUGCACUCACCAGCUACUGGUUUCUCUGUGAUUACCGUUGCUAACCUCCAGAGAAUUUUGGGGACCCUGUUGGAUAGUAUAAAAGAUGCACCACAUGUGGCCGAGAAGGUUUGUGGAGCUAUUUAUUAUAUUGCUCAGGGGUACGAGGAUGCUGGGACAAGCUCCUCUCUGCUCACACCUUUCCUUCGAGAUAUCAUAACCAAUCUUAUUACCACUGCUGAUCGAACAGAUAGCAGUGAUUCCAAACUCAGGUCUUCUGCAUAUGAAACCUUAAAUGAGGUUGUUAGGUGCUCAAACCUUGCAGAGACAUCUCAGAUGAUCGUUGAACUUUUACCUGUUAUAAUGUCUAAGCUAGAACAGACUUCAAAUCUUCAAAUUGUGUCAUCUGAUGACAGGGAAAAGCAAGGAGAUCUACAAGCCUCUCUUUGUGGAGUGCUUCAGGUUAUUAUUCAAAAACUAAGCAGUGCUGAUGAAACCAAGCCCAUCAUACUCCAGGCAGCUGACCAGAUCAUGGUAUUGUUCCUUAAUGUGUUUGCUUGCCGUAGUUCUACUGUUCAUGAAGAGGCUAUGCUCGCUAUUGGUGCGCUGGCCUAUGCUACUGGGCCCGAGUUUGGGAAGUACAUGCAAGAGUUCUACAAGUAUUUGGAGAUGGGUCUGCAGAAUUUUGAGGAGUACCAGGUUUGUGCCAUCUCAGUUGGGGUUGUGGGUGAC